CUAGUGCGCAAUGCGCUGCGCAUGUCCUGGUCGGCCGGGUUUUCACGUGUCACAACAUGUUUCGUGCUCGUGCUCUCGUGUGCCGCUCGUAUCUCUCAUACCUCGUGUUAUUGAACAAAGAGAUAUUUAUUGCAGAGAAUAUAUAGAAAAGUCUUAGUGAAAAUAUCAAGAAUACCGGAUUCUGUGUAAGUCAGUGACGCACCGCCAAAAUACUACUGAAUGACAACAAUCAUAACCUCAGAUUUUACAGUUUGUGUUGAUUAAACGUCAAGAAAAUGUUUAAUAUGUAAAUAUACGGCUCCUCAGAGAUGACUUCAUCAAAAUUUUGCAUCGUUCAUUUUAUGGAAGAAGAUACUGUAGAGGUUGUACCAGAUUUUUGGAUUAAGGAAUCAGCCGGAAUAUUGCAAUGUCAGUGGCCUAAUACAUCUUUUCCAGCAAAGAGUGUUAUUCGAAGAACAAUUCCUCAUCAAGAUUGGCCAGUUUAUCAAUGCAGAAUUCUUGGCACAUUUGAUGAUUACGACACAGCUCGUUUAAAUUUAAAAGAGGCUGAAGUUUUGUCGGAUUUUCCGUCGAAAAAUGUUCAAUCUAGCAAACGAUCACAUAAACGUAAUCCUCGAUAUUUCAGUGACGAUGAUUCAUUGAGCGAUGAAGUGAACAUUAAAAAGAAGAAACCAGGUUCCUCGCAUAAUCAGUCGGUUACCAAGACUUCCAUAUAUGUGUCAGAUUCAAGCAAUUCAUCAAACGAACAAAAAGAAAAUAGAAGGCCAAAUAAAUCAAAUAUUCAAUUACCUAAAGCUUUCGAAGAUAAACACAAACAAGUGCAGAAGGCAAUUCUUCCUUCCUAUGAAGCACCGACAAAAAAGAGUGCAACUUUGCCCAAGUCAUCUUAUUCUUCAUCAUCAGAAGAUUAUCGUAAACAUGUUGCUGAAGACAAUACUCGUCAAGAAUGCAGUAUGUGGGAUAAUCAAGAAGAUCAACGAGCAAAUUCGUCGAUUAGUAAACUGAAAUUCCAGACGUCAUCAUAUAUUGGUGAAACUGAAUUCGAAAAGCGAAUACUUUGUAGCAUAACACGAUUACAAAUUGACGUCAGAGAAAUUCGUGAUGUUGUUGAAAAAAUUUAUGAAGAGAAGUAUUUACGCAAUACACCAGAUGUCAAGAAAUGUCCUCAAAGAAAUAUCCGAAACGCACAGGAAGAAGAAUUGACAAACAUUUUACCAGAUUUUCCGUUAAAAACGUUAAAUAAUUGGCAGGAACUUGAAACAUUAUUGUCAAACAGCAAGACUGCGCGUGAACAGCUUAAAAACAUGUUUUUCAAUCGUGGAGGAAAAAAUGGUGGUGAGCAUAUUCGACGAAUACUGCGAGCUAUGUUUGAGCCAUGUCUAGCCAAAAAAAUAUCCUGGCAAGGACUAAAAAAUAAUGAAAAAUUUGAUGGAACUCUAGUUUCAUGUGUAUUAUUUGAUUCUGUAAAGCAGCAUUUUAAAAUUGAUGAUAGGAACAUAGAGUUAGCAAUAAUUAAUUGGUUCCGCCGUUCAUCUGAGAGGAUCUCCAAAAAUCCGGAAGACAAUAAUAGUGAUACAUAAAAGUAUCUGACAAACAAUUAAUGUUAUUAUUUUUACGUGUCAUUUUUAAUAUUUUAUUUUUGUUUUUUAGUUUUUUAAAAAUGGCAAUAAAUUGCAAGUUUAAAGGUAGAGUAAUGUGAAAUAUGAUCACAUUUGAUGAAAAAAAACUUUCUUUUAUAGCUUAUUUUGUUAAGCAUAAUAAUGCAUUUUUUUUUAUUUAUAUUAACACUGUUUACUUUGUUUGUAUAGUAUAGCAAUGCAUAUCUUUUAUUGAUUAUUUUGUUUGUAUAAUAUAUUGUAAUGCAUUCUUUUGUUGCUUACUUUGUUUAUAUAGUAUAUAGUUCACAGUUAACGCAUGUAAUUAUGUAUAAAACACAGUAACAAGUUUACAAAAAGUUUAGCCUAGAGCUUGAUUAAUAAAUAAAAUAUCAAUAUGUUAACAAUUUAUUAUUCUUCAUAAGUCGAUAGCCGAAACUUUCUAUGAUAAAAUUUUCAUAGAUGUAAAAAUUGAACUAUAUAACGUACUCUAGAAUUCUGAAAACAGUAAUGCAUGGGUUAUUUUCAUAUUUUACUACUCUAGAAAUGAUAAAGGAAUUUAAAUUGACAAAAAACACUGAAAGUUUAUAAAAAUUUACACAUAAUUGUAUACGUUAACUUUGAACACUUUAAUUGGAGUUUUUAUUUUAAUUUUUUUUAUACUAAGUAAACUGCGUGAACAUAUAAAA